AUGACACUGGACGAUGAUGAUCAGACGAAUUGGAAUAAAGAAAAUAUUCCGAUCAAUGAAGACAAAGCAACAUGUUGGCAAAUUUCACAAAAUGUAAUGCAGGAAAUAAAUCAAGAAGUUACUCGACAAGUCCUCGCCGAACUUACAAUAAAAAAUUCGGAUGAAAGCGAUGAAAAUGAUGGAGAAGACAAUGAUCAGCAAAGUUCAGACAUUCAUCAAUCAUCCUUUCCAGCCCGGCGAAGCGAUUAUUUCUCUGAUUUUCAAGAUAACGAAUCAAAUGCUAAUGGAUCUAAACAAGAACAGACUAAAAUAGUUGGUCAAUACGAAUGUUCUGCUGACGAUACAUUAAGUAAAGACUUCCAUUCCAUUAAAUCUGGUGAAGAAAUGGAGAAAUCAUUUUGCUCCGGUGAAGACUCUACAUUCUCUGGAAAGAUGCUGCCGCAAUAUGCUCAAUCAAAACGGAAACCGCUACAACAAUACAGAAGAACUGAAUGCAGAAGCAUCGAGUUUUUUGAAGAAAGAGAACGAAUAGCAAUAAGUAAAGGUAGCGACAAUGAAAGACGGAGUUGUGAAGGUCUCGAUGAGUUCAUUACACCCCCAUUAUAUACUAUUCCAGGAAUUGAAUUAGAAUGUAAACUGGAACAAUGUGAUCCGAAAACUUUAUCUAAAAUCAUACUACCGAAAAUGCAGGCUCAAAACGAGCAAUUUUGUGGUAAAGUCGACUUCAGUAACGACUGA